GAGGAGGGUUGGUGCGAGGGGGACCUUCCUCCUUUUCGCAGCCCAAGCCGGGCGGGCAAAGGGCUUGCAGAGUCCCGGAGACCGUUCUGAAGAGGAAGGGGAAAGUGCAACCUGUCAAAGAUCUGUAGAGACGCCUGCAAACAGUAAAGCAAUUUGGUAACCAUGGAGAAAUACAGUGUCCUGGCGAUACUUGGAGAAGGAUCAUUUGGGAGAGUUCUUUUGGUCUGUCAUAAAAACAAAAAUCAGAAAUAUGCAAUGAAGGAAAUAAGACUUCCUAAGUCUGUCCUUGGUACAGAGAAGUCCUGGAAUGAAUCCAUUUUAUUAGCUAAAAUGAAGCAUCCAAAUAUUGUCGCCUAUUUGGAAUCGUUUGAAGCUGAUGGACAUCUUUACAUAGUGAUGGAAUAUUGUGACGACGGAGAUCUAAUGCAAAAGAUUAAGCUUCGGAAAGGAAAGUUGUUUCCUGAAGAUACGAUACUUAAUUGGUUUGCACAGAUGUGCCUGGGUGUGAAAUACAUUCAUGACAAACGUGUCUUGCACAGAGACAUCAAAUCAAAGAACAUAUUCCUCACACAAAAUGGGAAAGUAAAACUGGGAGAUUUUGGGUCUGCACUUCUUCUUUCCAGCCCAGAGGCAUAUGCUUGUUCCUAUGUGGGAACCCCUUAUUAUGUGCCUCCAGAAAUUUGGGAAAACACACCCUACAACAAUAAAAGUGAUAUAUGGUCGCUGGGAUGCAUUCUAUAUGAGCUGUGCACUCUUAAACAUCCAUUUCAGGCCAAUAGUUGGAAACAUCUUAUCCUUAAGAUAUGUAAAGGAUACUACAAUCCACUUCCACCUUAUUAUACUUAUGAACUUCAGUAUUUGAUAAAACAAAUGUUUAAAAAGAAUCCCAAGAACCGUCCAUCAGCUACCACGAUUCUUGCAAGAAGCUGUCUGGAAAAGUGUAUUAGAAAUCUUGCUUCAGCAGAGGAGCAAGUGAAACAUGCAAGGAGCAAGAGUUACGAUUCAGAAUCAGAGGCCGUUGCCAAGGGUUUCUGUGAAAUGGGAUUGGAGAAAGCAGGGAAGGAUGUAGCCUCCCUGGAAGCUGUUUUACCAAACCCUCACAGACAACAGUGGGAAAAGGGAAGAUCCAGUACUGUCAUCAAAAUUCUGGGAAAUGCAUCUUUGCUUACUUCCAGUAUUACAACAAAGGAGGAUACAAGUGGUGAUGUAAGAAGAUACGAUGAAAAUGUCACACGAAAGCAGUGGACCAAGGAGCCUCCUGAAACCUUGAUGAAUAUUCUUCGCAAUGCUGAUGUUAGCUUGGCUUUUAAAACGUACACAAUCUGCAAAGGAGGCUCGGAUGACCUUCUGAGAGGACCACUUACUGAAGAUAUCAAAACCUCCGAUGAACCAGAUGGUGAAACUAUUAUGGAGGAUGCAGAGAGACUUGAACCUAGAUCAGAUGACGAGGACACGGAUUUCGAAGCAGAUGAUGAUCCCGACUGGCUUUUUGAAUUAAAAAGGAUGACCAAAAUGGAGAGUGAAUAAAUAAUUGAAUAAUGGAGGAAGUGAAGAAAUUGGUGCCAUCAGAUAACCAAAUGUCUUGAUGCAAAAAAUGUUGCUCAACAGUUCGAAAGUUUUGCAUAAGCAUACUACUGUUAGUUACAGUGAUUCUGGAUUAAACUCUUUGGACACCAGUGUACUGGCUAAGCUUUUGUAUUUUGGGGUGGUAGAGAAGUAUAGCAUUUUCAGAAUAAAUGUGAACAUUCAUCUUCCUAA